UUCCACCACAUGACGCACACGAUCUGAAACCGCCAAAAAUAAAAAACGCCUUUUUCGCUCUCGAGCUCUUCUUCUCUACUGCUCUCCCCCUUUCCCCCAUUCCCCGCCGCUACCCGCGUCCGCGCGAGCAAACGCCGGCUCAACAGGCCUCUCCAAUCAGUGGGCGCUGCUACGUGGGCUCGUCAAAGUUUUUGUUGCCGCGAGGGAGGAAGGCGCUGCUUUGGAACCCAUCUUACACCUGGUGGAAGUGGUGGUGGUGGUGGCCGGUGGACACCAUGAGCUUUGUGUUCCGGGGCAGCAGGGCCGACAUCGAGGCCGGUGGCUUCCCAGGGUUCGCCACGGAGCGCCGUGCCAUGCGGAUUCAUGCCGGGGGGCGGCCGGUGAACAGCAAUUCCUUAGCUUUUCUUGUAACUGUUCUUGUUCUGUUCAUGGUACUGAGCUCGCACCAGAUGUCUCCGAACUUUUUGCUUUGGAUGGUCUUAGGUGUGUUCCUAUUGGCCACCAGCCUUAGGAUGUACGCUACAUGCCAGCAGCUCCAAGCGCAGUCUCAAGCUCAUGCUGCAGACGGCAACGGCUUCCUUGGACGCACAGAGUUGCGGGUGCAUGUCCCGCCAACCAUAGCCCUUGCUUCGAGAGGCCGGUUGCAAAGCCUUAGACUCCAACUUGCUCUGCUUGACCGCGAGUUUGAUGAUUUAGAUUAUGAUGCUCUCAGAGCGCUAGAUACCGACAAUAGCCCACAUGCUCCUUCUAUGACUGAAGAAGAAAUAAAUACUCUGCCUGUUUUCAGAUACAAACUUCAGGCGCAGCAGAGGAGCACCCCUUAUCGAAAAAGUAGUGACGGGCCAUCUGAACCAUUGGUUUCUUCUCCUGAAUCCGGCAAGGAGAAAAAGCAAGACGCAGAUGCAACAAGCAAAAUGACAGAGGAUGAGUUGACGUGCAGUGUUUGCUUAGAGCAAGUUGUGGCGGGUGAUCUAUUGAGAAGCCUGCCAUGCUUGCAUCGGUUUCAUGUGAACUGCAUUGAUCCAUGGUUGCGCCAACAAGGAACAUGCCCGAUCUGCAAGCACCAGGUCAGCGACGUGUGGCGUGGCGCCGGCAGCGGUGGUGAAAUGGAUGCCAUGGUGUAACAUGACAUGAGCUUCAGUUCUUAACCUAAUAUUACUAGGCGGUAGUACUAAAGGAAAACCCAUGGAAUCGGGGACGAGCUGUUUAGUCCUGCCGAGAGUUUCUGUACAUGAUGUGUUCCCAGUUCCUUCCUCUGUGAUGUUUAUGCAUCCAAAGGUUGUUGCUAUUUUCUUGUUGAGUUUUAUUUACCCUGCCGAUCAA